AUUACCGGCCGGCACAUUAACCACGUAGGAGAAAACCGAAACUUCGUUCAUUAUUCGGUUCAGUAAUUGGUGGUAUAUUUGGUGAUGAAGACGUGUUUUCCCCGAUAACUAAACUGAUACGUAUAUUGAAUAUUAUAUUGUGAACGAAGGUGUCUGUAAAAUCGAUAUAGUCAGUUCAUCUGUAAACACAUAGCAACUAUAAGUGUUGGAAAUUAUUUGAUCAGAAUGGCCAAGUGUAAUAUUAAAGUAAAUUCGCCAAACGUUAGUUAUUCUGACGAGUACAUUAAUGUGAACUACAAUUAUUUAACAACUAAAGUCCAAAGACAGGGCGAUGAUGUGCAUGUUCAACCGGUAACGACUUCAUUGUCGAUUAGAACGAAUAGAAAUGUUCCGAAGCUUGGGGUUAUGCUUGUUGGCUGGGGUGGAAAUAACGGAUCGACAUUAACCGCUGCAUUAGAGGCCAAUCGUAGGAAGCUUGAAUGGAGAACUCGAACUGGCACACAACAGGCAAAUUGGUAUGGUUCACUAACUCAAGCAGGAACCAUUCUACUCGGAUCGGACGACAGCGGAAAAGAUGUCUUUGUUCCAUUGAACAAUUUAGUUCCAAUGGUUAAUCCUGACGACAUAGUUGUUGAUGGUUGGGACAUAAGCAAACUUAAUAUUGGUGAAGCCAUGAAACGAGCUGAAGUGCUGGAUGUAGGUGUUCAGGAUCAGGUUUACAAGCAACUGGCACAGAUGAAACCUCGUCCAUCCAUAUAUGAUCCGGAUUUCAUCGCCGCCAAUCAAUUUGAUCGAGCUGAUAAUUUAAUUGAGGGAACCAAAUAUGAGCAAUACCUACAAAUACGUAAGGAUAUACGUGAUUUUAAAGAACAGUCUGGGGUUGAUUCGGUCAUAAUAUUAUGGACAGCCAAUACUGAACGAUUUUGUGAUGUUAAAGCGGGUCUUAAUCAUACCCGUUCGGAACUGGAAAAGUCUUUAAAAGAAAACAAGGCGGAAAUUUCACCAUCAACCAUUUUUGCCAUGGCAAGCAUUUCAGAGAAGUGUACGUACAUCAAUGGUUCGCCACAAAAUACCUUCGUACCUGGUUUAAUUGAGUAUGCUGACUAUCAUGGCGUUCACAUAGCUGGAGAUGAUUUCAAGUCGGGACAAACCAAAUUGAAGUCAGUUUUGGUAGAUUUCCUGGUUGGAGCUGGUAUCAAACCGGUCUCCAUAAUAAGUUACAAUCAUUUGGGAAAUAAUGACGGGAAAAAUUUGUCGGCACCACAACAGUUUCGAUCAAAAGAGAUAUCCAAGAGCAACGUCGUUGACGAUAUGGUGGAAUCGAAUCGCAUUUUGUACGAAGAAGAUGAACAUCCAGACCACGUCGUUGUCAUAAAAUAUGCGCCCUAUGUUGGCGAUAGCAAACGAGCCAUGGAUGAAUAUACCAGUCAAAUUAUGAUGGGAGGUCACAAUACUCUUGUCAUUCAUAAUACCUGCGAAGAUUCUUUGCUGGCUUCACCAUUGAUAUUGGAUCUGGUAAUUUUGGCAGAACUUUGUUCUCGAGUUCAUAUUAAAAACAACGAUGAACCAACCGCUGAAUACGAAUCAUUCCGAUCAGUAUUAUCGAUUUUAAGCUAUUUGUGUAAGGCACCGUUGGUACCGGAAGGAACACCUGUUGUUAAUUCAUUGUUCCGUCAACGGACUGCUAUUGAGAACAUUCUGAGAGCAUGCAUUGGAUUACCACCAACGUCUCACAUGGCAUUGGAGCAACGAUUCAACAUCGCUACUCCAUCAGCUGAACCACCUUUGAAGCGAAUAAAGAAAACUAAUGGUGUGACCAAUGGAAACCACUGAAAUGAUAAGGAAUUUUGUGUGUUACAGAGCUUAUUAAAAUAACGAUAAAUAAAAUUGUUUGUUGCUGUUUUGCUGUUUACUACAACUCAACAACCUACCAAAUGAAUUCCUGUGUAACGCAUAGCUGAGGACACUAAUUGAACAUUCGUUGAACAUUAAUUUCAUCGUAAAAAAUGUGUUCUUUUGAAAUUUUUUUAUUGUUCAAAUUUUUUUUACUUACAGCACAUAUUCUUGAUUAAUAUUUUACUCUAAAACCAUCAUCUCUGUAGUUGCAAUCAUUAGUUUUAUCGAGAAAAUAAUUUUAUAUUUUUUCAGUGCACUUUAUACGUAAUAAAUUGUUCCUCUGAUUUGUAAAUGUACUUAAAUAAUAGGAUGUUGGUCCAUACACUCUAUAUCCAAAUAUUCAUAUAAAC